UCUGGUCGCCAUCUUUGUCCAUCAGAAUCAUCACCCACUGUCUCAACAGCGCCUCCUGCAGCUACCCCUUCAGUGCGACCAUGGAUAGCACCCCAAGGAGGUGGAUUCUGAAGCCUCUGUCACCCCUGCUGCAACCCUCAGACCUGCGGACCAUUGCCAGCCCAAUCCGAGGUGACGCCCCUGACCUGAACAGUGCAGUCUUCAGCUCAGAAAGUAGCUCUGUCACAAGCAACCAUUUGGUGGUCUGCGCUUCCCAGCAGGACGAUGGGCCCCCAGACAGAGGGAGCAUCAGUGACGAGUGGCAACCCAGUGGCCCCAGCAGCCCCAGCAGCAGUUCAGGCUCUCACUGUGGCUUCUACUCCUUUGUGGAGGAUCCAUCGAGUCAAGAAGCAGAGCUUAACGAAGCCUGGAUGGUUUCACCACAGCGGCAGGCUCAGCUGCUCACCUUGAGGGAGGAGAAAGGAUUCAAACUACAGACCUACACCAGCAGCAGGAAGCCAGAGAGCCUAUUCUCAGAGAGCAUAGAGGAAUCACAGUACAAAGUGGAUCCAGAGAAUGUCCUCAAAGUGGUGGGGGAGGAAGAGGAGAGGCAGCUCCGCAAGGAGAUCAUUCACAGCCAAGCACAAAAGAAGAACCCAAUUUUCAAAGAUCAGCUGCAUGUUCUGGAGAAUCUGGAUCUGAACAGAUCCACAAACCAACUGAUAGAAGGUUUCAGUGUGAACUAUAGUCCUGUCAGCACCAGAACAGAACCUCCUAAACCAGCUGAAUCUGAGACAGUCGACAAGGAGCAGAUCAACUUUGGUGCUGUGCGACAACAGUUCCUGAAGAUGGAGCACAACCUUAAUCCACUGAAGUUCUCAGCAAUACAUCUGAACUCAUCUUUUCAGCAGGAUCCUGAUGUGUUCUUGUCUAGACAGGUGGAGACAUUUGACAGCAUGAAGGUGAGUGACAGUGCAGAUCAGUUUAAACCAUCAGACGCAGAUAAGACCUACCCAGAGAGGAAGGUCACAGGGUGCCCGAUUGAGGAAAGUCUGAGCAGGAAGAGCAGUGUGUUUGAUGACCUGGACUCUGGCCUGGAGGAGCUGUUGGUGGAGGUGGGUGGCGGAUACACCAGUGACAAGGUCAUGUUCAAUGACGACUCUCAGCAUGAAAACAUCGGCUGCAAGUCCACACCUGAGUCCGAGACUCCAAUUGAAAGGGAAAUCCGAUUAGUUCAGGAACGCGAGGAGAACCUGAGGCGUUCUCGCGGCCUGAAGCACACUGACAGCAAGAAAGAGAUCGUCGAAAUCAAAACCAAACGUUUACAGUCAUCGCUCACACCCAUCAAAGUUAAAGAAAAGACUUGUUUGAGCUUCAUCACUCCGCAAGACUUUCAGAAGGAGAUCGAGACUAGUGAAGAACCUCAGCAGCAGGAAGGGAUCCUGGGACAACACAACCAAGAUGUUCCACAGCAGCUUGAGGAGGUAAAGUGCAAGAUUGACCAACAAGACAAAAGACCUCUGUCUGUGUCUGGAGAGACAGAUGUCUUCUUGUCUCCCUGCUGUCCUCAUAGACACCCUGAAGAAACCGAGUUGUCCAUAAGUCAAAUUAAUUCAGUUUUCACCUCCUUCACUGUGAGGGACUUGAUUGUCCAGGGGUCAAGACAUUUGGACAAGGAUCCAACUACUCCAUCACACUCCUCCUCCCCAGCACUGACACCACAGCAUAAACUGGCCUGGACCAUGCCUCAAUCCUGGAGGGAAAACCUGGAGUCCACUGGCCUGCAGUCCAGAGAACAAGGAGCUCCAGAUUUCAUAGAGAAGGAGAUCCAGGAGGCCCUGAGACGGGAACAGGAGCUGAGGGAGUCCAGGAAGAAACCCAGUCAUCAGCUCUUCUCUCCAACUCCUCUAGUGGAACAGGCAACCAAGAUGGCCGUCAGUCAGUUCUACCCACCUGCAAAUACAGAUAAACCCGUCAGUCUGUGCUCUUCCUCAGCUUGUCCCCCUGUGCGUCUGUCCUCCAUCUCCUUUAUCACUGCCCAGCCCUGGACCUCCUCGCCCCCUGCUCCCCGCUCCUUCACCUCCUCCCCUGUGGUGGCCCCAUCAGGACCCCUUCCUCUCAGGGGCCUCACAGGUACCCUGCUGCAGAACUUUGAGGACAGACGAGUCAAGCUGAAGCUGGAGGAGAGCUCAUACGCAGGAAUCCAGCCGAUUGAUGACGUGAACAAUGAGGUCGUUGAGUCGACUCGUGUCAUUCGACAUAAAAACCAACGAGCUCUGCGAUGGGAGGCUGGAGUCUUUACCAACCAGAAGGACCAGCAAGACUAGAUCCAGGACCAGGAUCUGAAGUGGGACUUUCAAAUGCUUUACAACUGGAGCUGUGUCUCAAUUUAGGGGCCGCAUCCUUUGCCGGCUGCAUUCGUAGACUGAUUGCAUCACACAGUGCAACUAGACUGUCCCGAUUCGAAGGCUCCUCCAAAAUGUGUCCGUCCCCCUGGCCCAACCUAUCCCAGGAAUCAUAGCACGCCAGUUAACUGUUAUUUAAAGAGAUGAUGGCAGAAAAAAGAAACGCGCCCAUGGCAGGAUGAUUUAUUGUUAAAUUUAAGUUCUCAACAGCUAAAGGUGCACAUGUUAAAAAAACAUAUUUUCUAAAUUUUGAAUCAGCCGAACAACCUUUUUCGUCCGUAGCUUUGUUGCUAGGCAAUGGUUGUAACUGCGGGACAAGCUUGAGACGAAAUAGAAAGAGCAGAACAUCUCACUUCGGUUCGACCCACGCAGUUUACACAGGACAUAAGUGUUGACCUGGUCCUCCACAGGACGUAAGUGUGGACAUGGUCCUCCACAGGACGUAAG